ACACGGCUGCCUCUGGCAGGCGCGCAGCUGGUGCCAGCAGUGAACCAGAGCAGCUGGAGGAGCUCUCAUAGGGUCCCAGCUGCCAACCAGGACCAGCCCCCGCCCCCCCGCCCCCCACUGCCUGCUGUCGGCGCCCUCAGUGGUGCUCCUUCAUCCUGUCUCACUGGCCUGGUGCGUGCCCCUCAUCUCUACUCUGCGGGGGCUUCUCUGAGUCCCUGUCCCCAUGUCUGAGCCCCCAUGGCGGGCACGGCGGCAGCGAGCAGGGGGCGGCCACAGCGGGUGAGCAUGCAGGAGCACAUGGCCAUCGACGUGAGCCCGGGUCCCAUCCAGCCCAUCCACCUCAUCUCUGACUUCUUCCCGCACUUCUACCCCUUCUCGAGGCCCACCCUGCGCGCCCCAGGCCCGCGCCCUGCAGUGACCCCCGCCCUCCGCUCUGCACCUCAGCCACAGCCCGAUCCAGAGCCAGAGGGAGACUCAGACGACAGCACUGUCCUGGGCACCCUCGAGUUCACGCUGCUUUUUGAUGCGGACAACAGCGCCCUGCACUGCACGGCUCAUCGUGCCAAGGGCCUCAAGCCACCGGCCUCAGGCUCUGUGGACACCUACGUCAAAGCCAACCUCCUUCCGGGGACCAGCAAGGCCAGCCAGCUGCGGACACGCACGGUUCGGGGCACCAGGGGCCCUGUCUGGGAGGAGACACUCACCUAUCACGGCUUCACCCGCCAGGAUGCCGGGCGCAAGACCCUGCGGCUGUGCGUGUGUGAGGACCCCCGGCUGCGGCGACGGCGGCGGGCGCCUCCCCUGGGGGAGCUCCGGGUGCCCCUGAGGAAGCUGGUGCCCAACCGAGCCCGCAGCUUCGAUGUGUGCCUGGAGAAGCGGAGGCUGACCAAGAGGCCCAAGAGCCUGGACACGGCCCGUGGCAUGUCCCUGUAUGAGGAGGAGGAGGUGGAGGCAGAGGUGGCCGAGGAGGAACGUGGGCGCAUCCUGCUGUCACUGUGCUACAGCUCUCAGCGGGGUGGCCUGCUGGUGGGCGUGCUGCGCUGUGCCCACCUUGCCCCCAUGGAUGCCAACGGCUACUCGGACCCCUUCGUCCGCCUUUUCCUGCAUCCAAACGUGGGCAAAAAAUCUAAAUACAAGCCCAGCGUUCGGAGGAAGACCCUGAACCCCGAGUUCAAUGAGGAAUUCUUCUACGCAGGCCCAAGGGAGGAGCUGGCCCAGAAGACGCUGCUGGUGUCUGUGUGGGACUACGACCUGGGCACGGCGGACGACUUCAUCGGCGGGGUGCAGCUGAGUAGCCGGGCCAGUGGCGAGGGCCAGCAGCACUGGAGUGAGUGCCUGGGCCACAGUGACCGCCGGCUGGAGCUGUGGCACCCGCUCGAUGGUGCACCCUUCCAGCUCAGCGACUAGCAGGGGUGCCCAGCUCUGCUCACCGCCCCUCACUCAAACUGACCCACGGAUGUCUCCACGGAGCUGGGAGGACCUGGGGCUGCCUCACCCACCGUGCCCAGUCCCUAGUCAGAUUGUUUCCUCCCUUCCCUUCCUUCAAAUUCACCCCACUGUCGGAUCAUGAAUCAAGAAUAAACCUCUCCUCUGAACCAGA